GUGUUCCUUCUGAAGCCACCAUGAAGCUGAGCAUUGUGAACUCCCUCUGCGCUCUACUUUACUUCUCUGGUCACACUUUGGCCAGGUCAGUCCCGAGGAUCGGGAUUGAUUGUCAAGGCUACGGUUCUGCUUGCACUAAGGAGUACCGCCCUAUCUGUGGGUCCGACGACGUCACCUAUGAAAAUGAAUGCUUGUUCUGCGCUGCCAAACGAGAAAAUGGAUGGGGGAUUUUGGUCGGUCAUCGCGGGGCAUGUACAGAGUGGGGGGGGAUGGAGGAGGAGUUGAAGUACUGGAGCUCCGACUGAGCUGAACCCUGACCCUGACUCUGAACCCUGACCCUGACUCUGAACCCUGACCCUAACCCUAACCCUAACCCUGACCUGAGAUCAGAGGGAAAUGUCAGUAAAGCAUCAAUAAAGCAUCUGUAAAGCAUCA